UCUCUUCUCUGAUUGGUCGAAUAUUAUCCUUGUGUUCUUUCAUUUGCGCAACUUGGAAUGAACUUUCAAAAGGUCAUUUAGAAGACGAUUUGACGCUAGUUCAGUUGUGUUUCCUUUUCGCCUAACCUAUCGGCCAGAUUAAGUCAGUUUGAACCCUGCGCAACUUUUUUCACAAAUCAACCAUGCCGAUCUCAAAAGUUUUCUCUCGCCAAAUCUUCGACUCCCGUGGAAACCCAACUGUUGAGGUUGAUGUCGUGACUGAGUUAGGUUUGUUCCGUGCUGCUGUUCCAUCUGGUGCCAGCACUGGUAUCCAUGAAGCCCUGGAGUUGCGUGAUAACAACAAGAACGCCUAUUUGGGUAAAGGAGUCUCAAAAGCUGUCGAAAACGUCAACAAAAUUAUCGCCCCAGAACUGUUGAAAGCGAACCUGGAAGUAACAAACCAAAAAGAGAUUGAUGAGUUUCUUUUGAAGUUGGACGGCACCGAAAACAAAUCAAAAUUGGGUGCUAAUGCAAUCCUUGGUGUUUCUCUGGCUGUUGCUAAGGCUGGAGCUGCCAAGAAAGGAGUUCCUCUGUACAAGCACAUCGCUGACCUCGCUGGCAAUGACAACAUCAUUUUACCAGUCCCUGCUUUCAAUGUCAUCAACGGAGGUUCGCAUGCCGGUAACAAAUUGGCCAUGCAGGAGUUCAUGAUCCUCCCAACAGGUGCAUCUUCAUUCUCAGAAGCUAUGAAAAUUGGCGCUGAAGUGUACCACAAUCUCAAGAAAGUGAUCAACGCCAAAUUUGGUUUGGAUGCUACCGCUGUAGGUGAUGAGGGAGGUUUCGCGCCCAACAUCCUCGAUAACAAGGAAGGUCUGAGGUUGAUAAUUGAAGCUAUUGACAAGGCUGGCUACACCGGUAAAGUCGAUAUUGGAAUGGAUGUUGCAGCAUCUGAAUUUUACAAGGAAGGUUUGUACGAUUUGGACUUCAAAAACCCAAAAUCAGACAAAAGCCAGUGGAUCAACAGCGACAAGCUGACCAACAUCUACGAAGACUUCAUCAAAGAAUACCCCAUCGUCUCCAUCGAGGAUCCCUUCGACCAGGACCAUUGGGAAGCUUGGAGCAACAUCACCGCCAAAACCAAUAUCCAGAUCGUCGGAGAUGAUUUGACUGUGACGAAUCCCAAGCGUAUCCAAACAGCAGUUGAAAAGAAGGCAUGUAACUGCCUUUUACUCAAGGUCAACCAGAUUGGUUCUGUAACUGAAUCUAUCGCCGCUCAUCUGCUGGCCAAGAAGAAUGGUUGGGGAACCAUGGUCUCUCAUAGGUCAGGCGAAACAGAAGAUACUUUCAUCGCUGAUUUGGUCGUUGGAUUGAGCACAGGACAGAUUAAAACUGGAGCUCCUUGCAGAUCUGAGCGUCUCGCCAAAUACAACCAAAUCCUCCGAAUUGAGGAAGAACUAGGAGCAGCUGCCAAAUUCGCUGGCAAGAAUUUCCGUCAUCCUGUCUAAGCUCCGAAAAGGCUCUCCAAGCUUUUCUCUUAUUCCAAGAAUUGAAUUCCCUGAUCAACCAGCCCUGAAGCUAUUCAAAUACCGUACCUUUACGAUGGAAUGAUUUUCAAUUUUAACAUCUGCUGAAGUGUGAUGUAACAAUAAUUUAACAAUAAGACAGUAGUGUUUGUGAUUUGUGUAGCUUUAAUUCCAGCUGUGUUUGAACCUCGUUCUCUGAAUUCUCAUUGUAUUGAUCGUAUUCGUAAUAUUUCAUCUAAUAUUUUAAAAUAACUUAUUUCCUAUUUCAUUUAUUAUUUGUAAUCCUGAAAAUCAGAUCUUGCACAGGUUUUCAGUAGAGUUAAUGUUCUUAAAUUUAUUGGAACCCUUAUCAUAAUGCACCACUGAAGCUUUCAGAGGUAAUCUGUAUUAUUUAAAGCUUUCAGGGAUUUUUUUUUUAUUUUUUUCCUCCUUAAAAUAAUUUUAAGCAACUGACUUUAGUGUCACUGCGAGUCACAGUGUAAUGUCAUAAGAUAUUUAUCAUUUAUUUGUCCUCAAUUUUUUAUUUCAUUAUUUUAAAAAAAAAUGUUCAGAUUUUUAUUUUUCGUUUUGUCUACUCAAUGGGGGUUUUUUUCAAAAGAGCCCUCUUGGUAAGAUUUUAUUGGAAAUUGUCCUUACAUGUUCUCAUUUGCGUAGCAAAUUAAAAUUUCUUUUCAACCGUUUU